GUUGUGAAGUGAACUAAAACUAACAAGUCGGCGGAGGCUGCCUUCUCUCCAGGACUUCUUUUAUGGCGGGCCAACGGAACGAAGUGCAAUCUGAUUCUGAAGCACUACUACUUACUUCCGCCCCAGAAGAAGCCAUUUCUCAGAAUGAACAACUGCAACUGCUCGACGAUGUCGUCCCGCAGAUUCCUUCUCACGUCAUGAAAGACUUGUUGUCGAUUGGGGUAUGCGUCCCCUGCAUCAUUCGCCUAUCUGGGAUUGAAAGACACAAUUAUUCUUUGUCAGUUUCGGCAUCAAUCUUGGGUUCUGAUAAGGAAGCAAUUAAUGAUGAUAAUAAUAGAAACACUUGCAGGCUGUGUUUAGGUAUUUUGCAGUUCAUUUACAUUGACGACAAAGGUAACUUUGUGAAAUGUAAAGGAGCUGAUGAUUUAGCUGUCUCAAUUUCUGAGAUGGUAAAGAAAGAGGGCCAUCAGAUUGAUAGCUUUUCUCUUGAGGUGUCAGUUCCUUCGAUUAUGCUGGAGAAUGAGAAGCUUGUUUGGCUGUAUUUGAAAAGAAAAUAUGGUUCUGAACAUUGGUUUCAGGGCAAGCCUCCUCCUUUAUGUCUUUCGGCAAAGGAUGCAUUAAAAAUCUGUAUAACAAAGCCUCUUGAAACUUUACUGGACUGCAAAUCUAGUUCAAGUGGUUUGCGCAUCCGUUUAACUUAUAGUCAUCCUAAAGCUUCAAGCUGCAAUGAUAAUUCCAUCAAAAGAAGCCAGGGCGGCUGCAAGAUGAGAAAAAUUGCUGGCAAUGAUGAACCCUCGGAUAUCUCAAACUGUGGUGCCAAUUCUGUUGCUGAUGAUUGUUUCAACCCAUCAAAAGAAGUUGAACUUCCUAAGUGCUUUGAAUUUCCUCAAGAAAAGGUCAAUGAACCAUGCCAUUUAGCUCUAAUUUGUUAUAGGGCUCCAAUAUACUUGGUUGGUAGAUACAUUAAGUAUUCAAGAAAUGUGAGUCAAACAUGCUGGGUCAUUGGUGACGAGAGAAUGGGAGAAGCAUCUGUCGAGGAGAUUCUAGGCAACAAUAUUCUUCCUCUGUGUCAAGGUGAUAGUUACAAGUUCCAUGCUGCUGGUAGAGAGGAUCUCGAUGUUCGAAUGUUGGGUUCAGGUAGACCUUUCCUGGUUGAGAUACAGAAUGCUCGACAUAUCCCAUCUGAGAUGAUUAUAAAUGAAAUGGAGUCAAAGAUAAAUAGCUCAGAAAAUAAAUUGGUUGGCGUAAGAAAUCUGAAAGUUGUUGGCAGCGAGGGUUGGGCCUUUGUGCAGGAAGGAGAAGCAGAGAAGCAGAAGCAAUAUGCUGCACUUGUGUGGACAUCUCGCCCACUUGAGGAUGACGAUUUAUUGUCAAUAUCAUCACUAAAAGACUUGAAAGUCUUGCAGAGAACUCCAAUAAGAGUGCUUCAUCGUCGUAGUCCAUUAGAACGCGAAAAGAUCAUUCACUGGAUGAAAAUCGAGAAGUUUGCUGAAAGUUCUCAGUAUUAUCUUCUGCAUUUGUGUACCCAGGCUGGAACAUACAUUAAAGAAUUUGUCCAUGGUGAUCUUGGUCGCACACACCCCAGUUUUGGAUCAAUUCUCAGUUGCAGAGCAGAGAUACUGCAACUUGACGUUACGGAUAUUAAAAUGGACUCCCAUUUCACUGAAUGAAGGUCUGUUCCUGCACCAAUCUUUCUCGUGGGGUUUUGAAAUUGUUCUUCCCUUUUAUCAACUUCUGAAAAUAUCAACUGGUUAAUGAUGGCUUCAAGUUCUCAGUAGUCUUCCUGGUAUUUUAAUUUGAUCAUUUGAAAUAGAUUUUUUUUUUUAA